AUGAAGCAUCUAGAGCCGAAAAAUUUCAAAAAAUCCCCUGAAAAGACUAUUGCUCAAGCCAAAAGAUUUGAUGAUAGGGGUGCAGCCGGCAGAACCAUUUUGCUUGGCAACUAUGAUGACCAAGAUCUUCAGAGUGCAGUUGAAACGCUUGAUCUUGAGAGCUCGCUGGUGGACACGAAGACAUUACAAGAUAUGAGUCACGCCAUCGACGAUUUGCGAGCAUGGAAAAAGGCUCAUGAGCAGGAAACGCGGGAUGCGUUAAAUAAACUGCAAUGUAGUCAACAAGAAGAGGAGAAGCUUCAGUUUGAUGAUAAUGAACAACCGCAAGAUGACACCGACAACGAUAGCCUUUUACAGCAGCAACAACGAAGUCGAAACGUGCAAGCAAUUGAUCACCGAAAAGAAUAUGAAGCGUAUCAAUUGGAGUGUAACUUGUUUCCAGCGAAGUCUGAAACCACUGAUAUUGAACAAGCACUACAAAUUACCGACUUUGAAGGACUCGCUUUAUCGAGGCUACGCAAGAAAGUAUUUGAGCUGGAUGUCAAGCAGCGUCAAGAAGCUUUGCUGUAUGAAUUGCAGAAAGCUGAUGCGGAUUUAGAUAUGAAUAUUGUUGACGUCCAGAACUUUACCAGCGAGCUAAAUGCUAUCUUAGCACAGUUUGACAAAAUUACGUUAUGCUAA